AUGAGCCUAGCCAGGGACCACACUGUCACUUUUCAGAACCAUGGGGACAGUUUAGAUCUGGCCUUUAAAUACUUUACAUCAUCCACUCUGACAGUGAGGCUUGCCGGCUUGAGUCAAAUAGCAAAUCAGGUUCACAUGUUCAUGGAUCUCUUCCAAACUGAUCCAGCUUCAGAAAUAGAUAGGCAAUGCUUAUGUACAGAGUUAUCCCAGUGGCUGAUUGAGAACAAACUUGUGGAACACUUGUUUGGUCCAAAUUUACAUGUUGAGCUUCUUAAACAGUCUCAGAUCAUACUGAAUUAUUUGGCUCGAGAGACGUGCCUGACUACCUCUCACUUGGACUGCAUUUGGCUUGCAGCACAGCUCAAACAUGCCAGCCGAUAUGUUCAUGAUCUUCUGACUGUGCUAACAAAACAUAUGGAUAUGCCCUCUAUCUUGUACCUGCUGGACUUGGUCUCAAAGCUACCACCAGCAGCUCACACCCGACAGACCCUCUACCUUGCACUUGUUCUGAUUAGAAUUGUCUGGAGAGCAGGCUUGUCUCCUGCAGUGGCAGAGUCUGGUACAGCCGUGCACACGAACAGCCCUGUGCAUGGACCAUUGACUGCUGGGAGCACCAGUGCAGCGGUAGCAUCAGCCAUGCAGAGGAAAUUCAGUCGAACAGCAAGUCUUAGCCAGAGUAGCAGCAGGAGUGGCAGCCUGAGUGAUAUAAGUUGCGAUGGUGAACAGCUUGACAUGGAAGAAUCACUGACUCAUGGUCGUCAAAAAUAUACGCGUCUUUCCUCUAAAGGGAGUGCUGACAUGGAAACAGAAGAGAUCCCUCACCCCCCUGAACUUAGGCAGACCUACGCAGGCCAAGCUGAAGAUUAUUCUAGCCAAGAUAAGACAGGUGGAGAAGAUGCAGACAUCGACAGCACCAGCUGCACAAACAGCCGAGGUAGCUCUCUGUCAGAUAGGCGUGACCUGGAUGAUUUUGAUGCGGAGGGAGUCCAAGAUGAACUGACACAGCUUAAGACGGUGGCAGCUCUGCGUGUCAUGCAGGAGGGGGGAGAGGAGCGACAGAGGAGCUUAGGAUUUGAUUUGAACACUGUGUGUGAGCAAGGAAAGACACUACUUUGGGAUCUUAUUCAAGACGAUAAUGCUAUUCACCUUUCUGAUGGAUUGGUCCAGGAGGCCGAAAAGCUUCUGUGUCAGUUGAUAUGUUACACUGGCGAGAAGAAAAUCAGGAUGAAGUUUAUCGAGGGAUGUGUGGCUAAUUUGGCCGCCAACAGGUCUGUUGUGAUGUCAAUUCAGCUGUUGCCCAAAUUGUUCAGCUCAUUCCAGCAGUUUGCAUCCAGUGAUCAAGGUGCCGGUCAAGUGGAUGUGCUGUGGGAUUGUCUGGUGUGUGAUUCAGAGAGUUCCGAUGAUACACUGGAGUGGUUUUUGCAACAAGCACAAAGUAAAGAAUUUCAUGCUCUGGAUGUUUCUGCUUUGCAGUACAUUCUGGCUGAGAAGCUGCCAUCUCUGCCAGCUGAGAAAUUCUCCAUGACAGGCCUACACCUUCUGCAGCAACUCUACAAGAUGUUCAAACACGCGGACGUGAAACCUUGUGAUCCUUCAAAGUUGUGCGGUAUAGACCAGCUAUGGAAUAUAGCUGUGCAAGUAAGAUCCUCAGAGGUUAGCUGGGCGGCUAUUACAUACCUGAACUCUCUGUACAUAAAUGCAAAUGGAGGUGCUUUGAAGUUUGAAGAUGAGUUCAUUCAGAGGUGUAUGAAUAUCAUUGGGGGAGCUUCGAAACAGUUGAAUCAGGAACAGAACCUUCAGAUAAUGGAGAGGGGUUUGCUUUUAUUAAAGAGUCACAUCGAAAGUUUUAAACGAAGGUUUGCAUUUCAUUUACGUUUGUGGUGGCUGGAAGGAAGAGGCAUCACUUGCCAUCAACAGAUCACUCAGAGGCCCACAGAGAAACAUUACCCCAUCCGAGUUCUUUGUCAACCUGCAGGCCUCUCAGACAAGGGUACCUUCGAGAUGAACUCAUCAGACCUUGUUGCGGACCUUCGAGCAGAGGUGACAUUUUGGUGCCGACAGCUCCAGGACAAGUUAAAGAAAGACACUCAGCUUGUCGACGGCUCUUCUCAACACACGCCCCUAUCUCCCUUCUCCUCUCAGUUACAUCCCCCCUUCAGACUCAUAUCCCAGGGGCAUGAACUGACGCCCGACUUGGAUGAAAAGAGCCUUGCAGAAGUUGGCUUUAAAGAUUUGCAGCUUGUCUUUGUAUCUGUUGGAGCUGUUAGAAGAGACAGACAUCAUGACAGUGGUUACAUUCCUUCGUCUUCUUUACCAUCGCCGGAAUGGAAUUCCACACCCAUGAUAAUUCUACUUCAUGAAAAAUACUUUGAUCAACUUUUUUUAUUCUUAGAAGCCUUAGACGGCUUUAUUGGCUCCAAGAGCAGCUCUUCUGAAAGUCCUUUAAGCGAUUCUUCACAAUUGUCCCCAGUAUCCAAGAAAAUAGUGGAAGCCAACAAGGCCCACGAUGAGUGUGAGGAAAUAGACAGUGGGUCUGAAAACCAAGGGAAACCUCCACUGCUACCGCUGAUGGAAAGCCGUGUUGAAUUUUUAUGCGGUAUAACUUGGGAGCUCUUGUUUCUUUUACCAACUAAUCAAUCCAUUCUUAAUAAGCUCAAGUAUUUUGGUCGAGUUUUACACCAAGAUCCCAAGCGAAGAGACACCAAGAGUGACGAAGAACAAAGAGCAGAAAAAGCUCAACCGGAGAAGAAACUUUGGGAUUCGUUAUUGGAUCCAAACUUCCCCCAUAAACUUCUUUAUUCUCUUCAAGUGAUAGACUUAAUACAUAAUUCUUCAAAGGAAUCACAAACGCAGUUUUCUCCCACUUAUUCACGUCUGAGCAGUGAUUCAGACAUCUCUGACAACGAGGAGGAAAAGGAAACGGCAACCUCACAAGUGCAGAUAGCUUCGUGGGGACUGCAGUUUAUUGAGUAUGGAGGACUUGGUCACUUGUACUCAAUUCUUAUGUCUGGUUGCUUGGAGGUCAGUGGGAACUGCUUAUGGACGCAAUGGAGGCAAGAAUGUCUUGCACAUUUGUUGAAACUGAUUUGUGAGUUUGGGACAAUGAAGCGAAGUAAUGAGGAUGACGAUGAGGUGUUUGCGACGACAGAAAGUAUCGCUAGUAAGUCACAGAUUCAGAAAAGAGACGGACAGUUCCGUGUACGAUACAAGAGUACUGACAAAGAAGAGGUGAUCUGCAUCAAGUGUUUGUCCUCUAAUCUUAUGUCUAUUGUUGAUGUUAACUCAUUACUGGAGAAAUUACUACACAUUUCUCAUCAGGCAACUUUACCAAUCCACGGGGGCCAAAACAGAGCCAGUGGAGGGGACGUGGUUCGUCACGCUGUAUCAUUGCUUGUGUCUGCGGCCUUCACUGAUGGUACUGUCAGGAGCUCCCUUCUUCAGCAAAGUAACUUCAAACCUUGGCUUCAGCAGCUGGUGCUUUUAGCUAAAGAGCCCAGUGUACGAUUUGAAGCGUGCCGUGGACUUUACAGACUAAGCCUAAUCAAAGAGAACUCCUGCCUUACGCAGCUGAUGGAUGCAUUGCUUGACUCACUGCCGCUGGCGCAAUCUCUUCAAUCGAGAGAAAAUCCCCACGGACGGCGACAAGAGCCCAGUGCCCGAGAAUACUUUUCUAUUUUGUGUCGACUCGUGGAUGGCCUCCCCACUGUGGAAGACGGUCAAAAGGGCGACGAGGUUGACUUGGACUCCUUGGCUAAACUGCUGGCCAAAUACAUACGAGACUGUCAACCGCGCACCAAGCAGAAGUAUGGCAGCCAUGAAAAUGAAGGCCUUAGUGGAAUGUUGAAACUGUGCACUGCUGUUAUGAGACAUGACCCCUCGUUCAAGAUGUCGACUGAUGGUUUGGAGUUUCUGCGAGACGUGUUCCACUCUUGUCUGUUUUCUCUACCAGAAGAUUGUUGCGAUGAGAGGGACUUGCCACUCUGCAAAUCUAAGCCGGCCAGGAGUGCAGCCUUUGAUCUUCUUCUCGAGAUGGCUCGAGGCUGCCAAGACAACUUCCUUGAAAUCCAAAAACUGUUGAUGAAACAUCACAGCUCUGAUGGUAGAAAACGUUCCUCUUAUGGUUGGCAUUACUGGCCCCAUGACAAUGGCCGUUCACUCUGUGGGCUGGUUGGAAUGAUCAAUUUAGGAGCCACGUGUUACAUGGCCUCCUGCAUGCAGCAGCUGUACAUGAUGCCUCAGGCCAGGGCCGCUAUUCUGAACUCGAGGAUCAACAGCGAUGUUAAACAUGAGGUGCUCAUGCGUGAAAUGCAAAGGAUGUUUUGUUUCUUAAUGGCAAGCGAAAGAAAGGCGUACAACCCCAAAACCUUCUGCCGGACAUACACUAUGGACAAACAGCCUCUUAACACUGGAGAGCAGAAGGACAUGACGGAAUUCUUCACAGACCUGAUCGGCAAAAUAGAAGAAAUGUCACCAACACUGAAACUCCUAGUGAGAGAUUUGUUCUGUGGAGAGAUCAGCAACAAUGUUGUGUCACUGGACUGUUCACACGUCAGCAAGACCAGAGAGGAAUUUUAUUCUGUGCGAUGCACCGUGGCAGACAUGAAGAGCCUUUAUGAAUCACUGGACGAAGUGACGAUCAAAGACACACUGGACGGAGAUAACAUGUACACUUGCUCACAGUGUGGAAAGAAAGUCAGGGCAGAGAAAAGGGCAUGUUUUCAAGUUCUUCCGCGGAUUCUGUGUUUCAACACAAUGCGUUAUGCGUUCAACAUGGUGACUAUGAUGAAAGAGAAAGUGAAUACACACUUCUCUUUUCCUCUUCAACUCAACAUGGCUCCGUACACCGAGGAAUUUUUGAUGGGAGACAAACAAGAUCAAGACCCUCAGCUCGAUCUAAGCUACUGGUAUCAGUUGAUUGGAGUUGUGGUUCACACUGGCACAGCAGAAGGGGGGCACUAUUACAGCUUCAUAUUGGACCGGUCCUCCCCCCAGGGGCGCGAUCAGUGGUUCCUGUUCAACGACGCAGAAGUGAAACCAUUCGAUCCGGCACAGAUCGCCGCUGAGUGCUUUGGCGGCGAAAUGACGACAAAGACCUAUGAUGCAGUGACAGAAAAGUUUAUGGAUUUUUCAUUCGAGAAGACUCACAGUGCCUACAUGUUGUUCUACGAACGGUGCGAUCCUAACGAGAAGGAGUUACUGGCGGAGACGCCAAACAUCGAGCUAAGCCAAGAGCUGGCUGAUUGGAUCUGGCAUGACAACAUUCAGUUCUUGCACGAUAAACACGUGUUCGACACGACUUACUUCAAUUUCAUGUGGCUUAUAUGCAGCAGCAUUGCACCUUCCGUUCCAGACUCCAAGGAGCUCGUGCUGUCCAAUGUCAAGCUGGGAACAUCAUUCUUGUUGGAAACACUCGUCCACGCCAAAGAAAAAAUCAGGCAACUGCAUCUUUCAGAGAAUGACAUGGCUGCUUUAACAGGUGGAAAGGGAUUUCCAUUCCUUUUCCAUGCCAUCAAAGACAGUAUUAACCUCCGCCACACAACCAACCUGAUUUUUAGUUUGUGCAGAUACAACCUCAAGCUAGCGGAAAGCAUAAUUUCUCUGCUGAUGUCUUCAGUGCAAAAGCUUCCACCAGAGCAGUCUCAUUCAUUCUUCAAGUUACUAUCGAUGUUGACAGAGAUGCAGGGGGGUCCACCUGGCAUGCCAUCUUUUACCAACCUGACCCUUGCACGUAUCUGGGAGGCUGCCGAAUACAACGCUGCUCUGUGUAUAGACUGGCUAACGUGCAUGGCUCCGAAAAACAGGAUGGCUCAUCAGUGGGUAUUGGAAAACAUGGAUAAGUGGGUGGAAAAGUAUCUUAUUGCUGACAACAGUCUCAGGCUUAGAAAUGCUUCUGCAUAUCUUCUGGUAAGCCUUGUGCCUAACAGUCACUUCAGACAAGGGUUCAGAUCAAGAAGCUUUUCUGCACCGCACAAGGAAAUGGUGUUGAGUAAGGAUGCUCUCUCCAUACUUCAUGAGAUUUACAAAAUGUUGCUUAACCUUCUUCCAAGAGCCAGGAAAUACUGUGUAGAUCGAAACAUCCAUGGCACCACAAAACUUGUCAGCUAUUUUGCCGUGUUAAACUACUGCCUUGUGUCAAAAACGGAGAAGGAAAUGUUCACGCCAUUCUGUACAGAGUUGUGGCGGCUGUUUCACCCAUUGAUGUCAGAACCAAAUAUCGCAGUACAUCCUAACAAACAGGCCUUGUUGAUCUUCUGGUUUCACGCUUGUAUUAGUUGUGAGAAAAAUAUCGACUUUAUCACGGAAAACAGCAGCGUGGCUGCCAACAUACCGCUCAACUACAUUCUUUCCAGUGAUGAACCGGAAGUUGUAAACUUUAACAGAAAUGUACUUCCGGCAUAUUAUGGGCUACUUCGGUUGUGUUGUGAGCAUUCCCGCUCUUUCACUCACCAACUGGCUGUGCAUUCCAACAUGAAAUGGGCUUUUGAAAAUCUCACCAUACGCAUGAACCAGUAUCCACAGGCAGUCGAGGAGCUUUUUGCCCUCAUGAGGCUUUUUGCUGGCGUUACUUCCCCUGAUCCGCCCCAAGAGAAAAGCAAAGAAGAAGAAGCCUUUGAAGCAUCGUUCAGACGAGACACCAUUAUCCUGUACCAGAACUGUCUGGACGGAGGAGCGUCGUGGACGACACUUAUCAGUGCGUACAAGAUCUUGCUUCAAACGGAUGAGGACAGACUGACCGUGGUUGUCAACCAAGGACUUCUCACGCUGUCUGACGCAUUUACAACCCUUCACAUGAUGUACCAUGAGGCUACAGCUUGUCACGUGACAGGAGACCUGACGGAAGUUUUAAUGAUUUUACACAACUUAUUAGUGUGCUGUCGGCCGCAUAGCAAUAAACAAGACGUUCGCAGUAGUAUUUUAGGAUGGUCAGAGAGAUUUGAUGUCGCCCAAAAACUUCUCUCGCUGUUAAAUACCUACACACCAAAAGAAGUCAGGCAGUCCUGUCUGGAUGUGUUAAACGCUAUGUUGGUUCUGUACCCCGGUGACAUCACAGAAGCACUGAUUCCCAUCAUAAGUGCCUCUCAUCAGCACUGGAACAAAACUUCUCCCCCAGGUCUCCUUGGUCCGUACUUUCCUCGUCGACACUCAAAGAUGAUUGUCAGCAGCAAGUCUGUGGCGAGGCCCGCUGUGCCUGAGCUUAACAUGUUCCUUCAUCCGUCAUUCCUGGACUCGCCAAAGGGAGUGGAGGAGUUGUAUGACACAGCAGUUGCAGAGUACUUCCAACCGUAUCACCACUUCGUGGAUAAACUGUUGCGCUAUGGAUUCGGUCAUGACAGGGUCCCUGAACAUGUCAUCACGUGCAGUUGUCUCUUGGCGAUAGAAGCCAUCCCUCUUCACUUCACGUUCUUCAGCAGUCUGUGGAUGGAAGUGUAUCAGAAGGCUGGCGAGAUUGGUAGAUACAAAACCUACAUUCAGCAGCUAUGUCAGAAACCCGAGUUCCUCGAGGUAACUUCUGAUGCGGCCUAUUUUUUUUCUGCAUUCGUGCGUAGUUUUUACUACCAUCACAGAAUAAUGGAGAGGAAGCCACAUUUUGUACAUCAAUUGUAUGUGGACCUGAUCUUACUGGAUGAACGAGAAAGUCUCAAUGUGCGAGACAUCUAUUCCUUCCUGUGUUGCUUUUUUCCGCGGGUGUCAAGCCAGGUGUUGGUAAAGCAGUGGAAUAACUUGGUGCAGACACUGGUGGCGACAGUAAUCGCCGAUAAACCCGCAGCGGAGAAGGCAAAUGACACUGAACUCUGUGCAAUAGCUAAGAGGCUAACUGCGGAACUGCGGGCCAUGUCUCUACUUUUCUCAGUUCGCCCGCCACACAAGUCGGACGUAAGCCCCUUGUUGCAACCAAGUCUCAACGAAUUGCUGGUGGUCUGCCGCAAGUAUCAAGCCAAAAAAUUAGAGGCCAAAUUGCGGUCACCGGCGGUAGAGUCGGAACAACCUCCCUCACAGCAGCAGGGUAAAGAAGAGUCAUCCGCUGCCAAAACUGAAGGAGAUGAUGGACCCGUGAAGAAGCGAAGGCGGACCCAAGAGGAAGAGGACGAGGCUUCAGCUAAAACGACCUCGGGUCCGUCAGAUAAACCAGGGACGAGCAAAGACGAUAGCACGACUGCAUCAAAGAAGGAGAAAACUCAAGAAAAUUCUCAGAAAAAGGCUGCAUCAAUAUGGGGUGCAAGGCCACCCACGGAUUGGGUGGACUCGCUGGUCAAGGCUAUACAGAACACUAUAUCUAAAGUUCCAACUUAGAUCAUAUUUUAGGGAAACGGGACGUGAUAGUCGAGUUUUAUUCCACUCAACUGUGCAUCUUCUGUGAUUCGAGGAAGAAGUUUGACCCAACUUUUAUUACGCACAGGGAAUCAUAACACCGGAGAGGUGCGUGCGAGAGAAUUUGUUUCUCACGUAGUGUAAGUUUGAAACAUUUGCGAAUAAGAGGACACAAUUCCGCUUUCGUUUAUUUGAACUUAGAUGAAAGGAUUUUGAAUUGAAGUCCACAGUAGUUACAGUUGAUCAAAGAAUUUUGCAAGUAUUCGAAAAAUCAACUUGCAUGAAGAGCUUGAAAACCGUUGUCGACCAUAAAUGGAGAAGAUUAAGGUUAGGUAGGUACUCCCUACUUUAAAAUUCAGGUUUAAUAUUUGAAAAUAAACCAUGGGUGACUAAUCCCUCUUCAGCUUUUCACUGAUGUGUCGACAGAUAACAAAUAUCUGAUCUUUUGAACAUAAAUUUAGGUGAAUAAAAAAUUACAUUGAAUUUGUACAAAAACAAUUUUAAGUGUAUAUUGUGUUCUUGUCUUGCUAUGUUUUAUGGUUGUUAUCUUUUCUUUUAUUAUUUAUUUAUUUAAUUUUUUGUUCAAAAUUUUCGUCAAUAAUGCUCUUCAUUAGCAAAGCUACGUGAGCUAAGAAACCACAAGGUUGUUAACUCUAAUUUCCCCUUCAAUAAAAGCUUCACUCUUCACUCUA